AGGAGGAAAUGAGCAGGAAGGGUGAGCUGGCCGUUCGUGUAUGCGUGCGUGCUUACAACUUUCAGCCUUUGUAGCAAUGCUGGGCCGGUGUCUCAUGCCAAAGUGUGGCCUGUGACAAAGUGUUUAGUUGCGUCUUCUGCAUCUAUAAUCCUGUUGGAUGCUUCCAUGCCACACUUUGUCACAGCAGGCCGCGGCGUCGUUUACUCCCGGAUCGCGCAAUGCGCAUGCGCAGAAGACGCAUCUAAACACUGUCACAGCCACACUAUAUCACGGGACACCACGGGAUUCAUAUAACUUUUAGUGCUAACAGUUUACUCGUAACCUUAACAAAUAGCUUGUUAGGCAAACGUUAACAGUAAAAGCGAUACAUGAAACUGUUAAGCCCUAAAAAGUGCUUAACAAUGUUUGUUAGGCCUUGUUAAGUUACAAGUGGUCCCGAGGACUUUUAGCGCCUUAACAAACACUAACAAGUACUGAGUAGCGAGUGGCCAUGGCAGCACGACAACAACAACGGCGAAAAUUUCGUGAUAGGAAGGACAUAUUCCGGGAUUUCAGUGAUGCUGAGCUCAUCAGAAGAUACCGUCUGGAUCGUGCUGGCAUCGUAGCAGUGACAGACUUGGUGAGGGACGAACUGCACAGUCAAACUUGCCGAAAUAAAGCACUCCCUCCAUAGCUGAAGGUGGCUAUAACUCUUCGUUAUUUAGCCACUGGCAAAAUGCAGCGGUGCAGUGGAGAUGAUUUUGGUGUGUCGCAGCCAACUAUCAGCCGUGUGAUUUGGCAAACAAUCACUGCACUGACUGCCCCUCGUGUCUUCCACCAGUUUUUGAAGUUUCCACUGACUAGACAAGAAGUUCAGAGGAAGCAGGUGGAGUUCAUGGCUAUAGCCGGAUUUCCUGGAGUAGUGGGCGUGAUUGACGGGACCCACGUGCGGAUUGUGGCACCCAAAGAUGAUAAGUACGCCUAUGUGAACAGGAAACGCUACCAUAGCAUCAAUGUUCAGGUAGUGUUUGAUGCCACCUACAAGAUCCUGGACAUAGUAGCAAAAUGGCCUGGAUCAGUGCAUGAUGCCCGCAUCCUGAAUGAAUCUGGACUCAAAAUGUUAUUUGAGGAUAAUUAUGUGCCACAACCGUGCCAUCUCCUUGGGGACAGUGGAUAUCCAUUCAAGCAGUGGCUCCUAACACCAUAUACAAAUCGUCAGCUAGCAGGUCCUCAAGCCAAUUACAACAGAGCUCACAAAAGAACGAGAAGUGUGGUUGAGCGAGGGAUUGAGCAGUGGAAGCGAAGAUUUCAUGUCCUGCACAAUGAAGUCCGCGUUGCCCCCGACAAGGUCUGUAAGGUGAUUUAUGCCUGCGCUAUUCUGCACAACUUCUGCAAGAACAGGGGCAUUCCUCUCCCUGAUGCAGAUGACUGUGAUGAUGGUGCUGAAUAAGUGGAGGAUGAGGAGGCUGCCCUAUACCACACAGCUGCAGGCCCUGUGGCACGAGGAGUUCAAGCCCGAAGGGAUCACUUUGCAUACGUCCACUUCAAUGUUGAUGAGUAAGGCUGCGGUACCAGUCCAAUGAAGGGUCCUCUACCUCUGAACACCAGACCCUGCAGGAGUGCCUCUCUCACAUAAGAAAAAAGGAGCAUGACGGUGGAUUUUUAUAAAGAAGACUUUUUUUACCCUUCUUUGCACAUAAAUAAUAAAAUAGUUUUUGUAAUA